AUCGCCAAUUCACAUACUGGUUCGGCUAUCGUAAGGACUCUAGAAGCUAUGAGCAAUUUUGUGCGAAGAUUUGCACAUUAUCUCUUCAGUGUCUUGUCAGAGGAUGAAGGAUAUUCGCCCAUCAAUCUAGCGCUUGCUGAAUUUGGAUUGUGUUCGAUUGCAGCAAUUGAGUUGCAUGUCUGGCGGAAGUAG